CGCAACUCUACCGUACGAUUCCACCUCAGCCUCGUCACCUCGUCCAACACACUGAUAGGCAUUAGAGACGUAAGGGGAGAGACUCGCCGCCAUAUCACCAUGCCUUCCACAUAUCAAUAUGAAGAGUUGCCUACGGGGAAGUGGAUGCGCCUGCUGAAACUUCUCUCAGGCAAGAGCCGUAACCAGAUACCCACAUACCAACGUGAGGAGUCGCCUACGGGGAAGCGGAUGCGCCUAAUGAAACUUCUCUCAGGCAAGAGCCAUAGCCAGAUGCCCACAUACCAAUAUGAGGAGUUGCCUACGGGGAAGUGGAUACGCCUAAUGAAACUUCUCCCAGGCAACAGCGAUGACCAGAUACAUCUUGAACUCUUCACAGCCGAGCUAGAGAGUGCGCCUCCUUACGAAGCAAUUUCCUAUUGUUGGGGAGACCCGAACGAUCAAGAGGAAAUCCUCUGCUGUGGACGGUCCAUGUACAUCACGCGAAGCCUGUACUCUGGAUUGAAAUGCUUUCGAUAUCCUCAGAAGACUCGGAUCUUAUGGGCUGACGCUGUUUGUAUCAACCAGUCAAACGACAACGACAAAGGCCAUCAAGUCAACAUGAUGGGCGAUGUUUACGAUCACGCGUCCACAGUCUUGGUCUGGCUUGGAGAGGCCUCGACCCUUGCCGCGGAAAAGGCUUUCCACCUUAUUCGCAAGAUCAAUGGAUACAUGGACUCUAAGAUUUUAGAGAGCGAACUUGCCAAUAAUCCGUAUGAAGCAGUGGUGGAUGUUCCAAAGCCGGAAACACGAAGUCAGCUCUUCCAAGAUGACUCGGAAUCAGAAGCCCUUCGUGACUUCUUUCGCCGUCCCUGGUUCGACCGCCUCUGGGUGCUCCAGGAGGUCGCACUUGCCUCCUCUGCUUGGGUUUACUACGGCGCAACUUCUAUCAGUCUCACUGAAGUGGUUCAAUUUGCUUUCGUAUUGAUAAUGCGUCCAGAUCUCCAAAACAAUUUCCUCACUGGGCGUGUGGGAGAUGCUUUUCAGAACGUUUUUUGUACAUAUGCAAAGAAGAACACCUGGAUCCAGGAGAAGUCUAUUCUUCGGCACGCGCGAGAUUACAUAGAACGGAGCGCAAAACCAGCUUUUCAAGAGAUUCUCGACACUGGUCGACGUUUUGGCACGACGAAGCCACAUGACCACAUUUAUGCAUUUCUCGGACACCCUUCUGCCAGAGCAAAAGAUGGGUCAGUUGGUAUACUCGAAGCAGAUUACACACUUGACAUCGAAGAUGUGUACCGACAGCUUUCUGAAAGGCUGUAUGAGCGAGAUCGACGACUCGACUUUCUCUGUAAUGUGUUCCACUAUGAUCCAAGUUCAAUCGAGCAAGCACAAUCCUGGGCUCCUAAAUACCACAAUGGAGGAAAUCGUGCUAGCAUGUACUGGCUAGGGUGGAAUGUCGACAACUCUGCAGAGAUGGAGAUGUUUAUCAAGGUUGAUUUUCAUAAUAGCAUGCUUCAUGGUCGGAGCCUCUUAUUCGAUUCAAUCGCGACUUUCACUGAGACCUUCAAGGAGGAGGAUUUCGAAUCUAUGAGCCCUACUCCUGUGGAGAUAUGCUGGAAUUUGGAAGCUAGCUUCACCGAAUCCAUGGAUAUAGACGAACGAUUGCGAGAUUUCAGGUGGACAAUGGCUGGUGGAAGCUACACUGGGGGCGAAGCACGUUUGCAGAGGGAUUUCGAAUCGUAUUGCAUGGAAAAGACUUCGUCGGAAUUUUGCGCCAGCAUCCAACUAGGGAAUUUCUCAUCGGAUGAAACAUCCUUAGCUAAUGGAGAUUGGAAGCGAUUUGAAAGUGUAGCACUUAUUGCCAUGGCUGAAAGAAAAUUCUUCAUCACAAAAGAUGGCCGCUUCGGUCUUGGACCGUCGCUCCUCCAAGACGGGGACAUUUGCUGUGUGUUUAUGGGCUGCAGAAUGCCCCUAAUAAUUCGUCCGACGUCUACACCAAACCACCUCAAGGUUGUUGGGCCCAGCUACAUCCAUGGGGUAAUGCACGGGGAAGUAGUUAAAGCUCGUGUCAAAUCCCUUUCUGACUUGACUGAGAUUACGCUUGUGUAAGGCGCCGGUGGAGGUGUGGUCAUGGCACGGACGUACAGGACUGUUUUCCCUUUUUGUCAAAUAGUUUAGCUGGUCUUCGUGGAAGCUGAAGGAAAUUAUUACUAGUCGCUCCCUGGCUCCACAACGGAAAGAGACUUGCCGGUUUGGCUUAGAAGAAGGAGCUGGCAAUCAUCAUAGUAGGACUCGAGAGGGUAUAAGUGGGGAAUAUUUACUUGGCUUCUUCUCAAUCCGUCAUGUCCAUAUGGAUUGCCCUUGCACUUGCAUAGGAGAGAGAGCGCAAAAGACUACUCUCAUAUAGCACUAUUCGCAAGGGAGCCAAGGCUUUCGAAUUUAAGGUCGUAGGUUCAGUUGUGGAUCUCGAGGACGUGGCUGCUUGAAC